CGUAGAGCCGUGAACGUCUCAUGUUACUGCGCAUGCGCAGUGGGCUGGCGCGAAGCUGCUCGUCGGAGUCGCUCUUCUACAGCAGUUCUAGUCGCGGAAGUCCAGAGAGCCUCAGCCGAAACCAGCGUCCCUCUGCGGCCUCUGAAGCCGGGAGAUGGCGUCGGUCCGCCUGCGGGGAGUCUCGGUGAACUUCCCCUUCGCCCCGUACGACUGUCAGAAGGACUACAUGGACAAAGUGCUGCAGUGUCUGCAGGAGAGGAUGAACGGGGUUCUGGAGAGCCCCACAGGGACGGGGAAGACCCUCUGCCUGCUGUGUGCCACGCUGGCCUGGAGGGAGCACUUCAGGGACACCAUCUCAGUCCAGAAGAUAGCAGAGAGGGUGAAGGGGGAGCCCCUGUUUCCAGACACCCCCCUGUCCUCCUGGGGAACGGCAGCAACCGAUGGAGACAAACCAGUUCACUACUCUGAUAUUCCCAAGAUAAUAUACGCAUCCAGGACGCACUCUCAGCUCGCUCAGGUCAUCGGGGAGCUGAGGAGGACUUCAUACAGGCCAAAGGUGUGUGUGCUGGGGUCCAGAGACCAGCUGUGCAUCAACCAGGAAGUCAUGCGUCAGGAGAGCAACCAUGUUAAGGUCCACAUGUGCAGAGGAAAGGUCUCCACCAGGUCCUGUCACUACUACAACAACGUUGAAGAGAGCAGCACCGACAAAGACUUGACCAGCUCCAUCCUCGAUGUGGAAGAUCUGGUCAAAUUUGGUGUCAAACAGAAGGUCUGCCCGUAUUACCUCAGUCGCUCCCUGAAGCAGCAGGCGGACCUCAUUUUUAUGCCUUACAACUACCUGCUGGACCCAAAGAGCCGCAGGGCGCACAGCAUCGAGCUGGGCGGGGCCGUGGUCAUCUUUGACGAAGCUCACAAUCUGGAGAAGAUGUGCGAGGAGUCGUCCUCGUUUGACCUGACUCCGUACGACGUGGCGUCCGCUAUCACCGCCGUGGACCGGCUGCUGGUGGAGCAGACCAAACAGACCGGCGGUGGAGAAUUUUCCGCUGAAGAUCUGAAUGUGGAAUCCCUGAACUCAGGGCUCAAACUGGAUGUAAAAGCUCUGGCAAAAAUCAAACAGAUUCUGUUGGAUCUGGAGGCCGCCAUCGACUCCUACGACGUUCCCUCGGACAGAGGCGUCACCAAGCCUGGAAUCUUCAUAUAUGAGCUGCUGGAGAGGGCCCACCUCAACUACAGCACCAAGACGGCGGUUCUGGAGGCUCUGGAUCAGAUCAUCGGGUAUCUGGCAGGACAGCCAGGAAUAUUCUUCAACACCAGCGGGCUGCAGAAACUGUCGGACAUCAUCCAGCUGGUGUUCAGCGGCGAGCCAACGAAGGAGGACGAGCAGAAGCAGAUGGAGUCCAACUCGGUUCACUUCAAGGUCCACAUGCACCAGGAUUCCAGCAGAAACAAGAGGAAACAGAGCACCGAUCCGUGGACGUCGUCUUCUUCCAAGAAGCAGGGAAACAUCCUGAGCUACUGGUGCUUCUCUCCGGGCUUCAGCAUGCUGGAGCUGCAGAAGCAGGGCGUCCGCUGCAUCAUCCUGACCAGCGGGACCCUCUCGCCGCUUUCUUCAUUCACCUCUGAGUUGAGGAUACCGUUCCCCGUUCGUCUGGAGAACGGUCAUGUGAUCGAGCGGGACCAGAUCUUUGUCAGCGUGGUUCCUCGAGGCCCUGAUGGCGUCCUGCUGAGUUCAGCGUUUGACAGACGGUUCCUCCCAGAAAACAUGUUUUCCUUAGGAAACACCGUUGGUAAGCUGGACAGCUCCUCUGUCUCUGAUUGGAUGCUUUUAGGAGGCGGGGUCUUCUCCCGUCUCGUGUGGUUGUCAGAUCUAUCCAUCCUAACGUCCAGUUCCUGUCGGAUCUCCUCAGCCAACAUCAGCAGAGUCGUUCCUCAUGGGCUCCUGGCGUUUUUCCCGUCUUUUCCUAUGAUGGAGAAGAUUCUGGAGUUCUGGAGAGCUAGCGGCCACGCUGACCGCAUCGACAGCGUCAAGCCCAUGUUUGUGGAGCCUAAAGGGGCGGGGUCCUUCACCGAGAUCAUCGAUGGAUAUUACAAAAAGGUCAGCGACCCCGCAUCCAAAGGAGGAAGCUUCUUCGCAGUGUGUAGGGGGAAGGCCAGUGAAGGUUUGGAUUUUGCCGACACCUUCAGCCGUGGCGUCAUCAUCACGGGCCUUCCUUUCCCUCCCAAACUGGAUCCUCGCGUCGUUCUGAAGAUGCAGUUUCUAGACGAGAUGAGCAGAAACAAAGCUCCAGGAGUGAGGUACCUGCUAGGCCAGGAGUGGUACCGGCAGCAGGCCUUCCGGGCCGUGAACCAGGCCAUCGGCAGAGUCAUUCGCCACAAGGAGGACUAUGGAGCCAUCUUCCUGUGUGACCAGAGGUUCAGGAACUCUGACGCCCGGGCCCACCUCCCCUCGUGGGUCAAGCCUCACGUGCGCAUCUAUGACAACUUCGGGAACGUGGUUCGGGACGUGUCGCAGUUCUUCAGGGUGGCGCAGAAACUGAGGCCUGUGGUCCCGAAGAGCGCCGCAGCAGAAAGCGGCUCCGCGGCGUGGUCGCCACCAACUCACUCCACCCCUUCAGCUUCCUGCUCGUCUUCUCAAAGCUCCUGCGCACAGAAAGCCAAAGCGCUGGACGCUCACCUGCCCAGCCUGAAGAGGAGGAAGCUCUGUGAACAGAGUGGGGGGGGCGGGAUGGCCCGGAUCUGCCUCGACUACGAGUGCGAGCCACGGGAGGGUCAGAGGAGGCCGGCCAGCCUGCUGGACGCCUUGGAGCGAGAGGACGGUUCCCGUGGAGACGACGGGGCGGCGGGUCAGGAGAAGACGAGCCGGGUGUCCACGCGGAGUCUGCAGUACGACGAAAGGAUGGAGGACGAACUGCGAGGAGGAAAACGUAAAAUAAAGCUGAUCCAGCACCAGCCUCCACACCUCUCUGUGCCGGAGCAGAGCCAGUCCGAGGAUCUGUCGGAGGAGAAGAAAACCACCAGGGCUAAGCGGUUCCUGGCAGGCAUGAAGAAAUCCUUCAGCAAGGUGACCUUCGACCGCGUCGUCCACGCCCUGCAGACCUACAAGCAGACGGACGAGCUGGACGCUCUGCUGAGCGAGAUGGCCGUCCUCGCUGAAGACACCAACACUCACAGCCUGCUGCGGGGUUUCUACCAGUUUGUUCGUCCGCACCACAAACUGAGGUUUGACGAGAGAUGUGCGGAGCUGACGGGUCUCGGCUGCGGGUACAAACCGGAGCACUCGCUGUCCAAGGACCAGAAGAAGGCCAUCAUGCAGCAGAGCGAGGUUCCGCCCGGCGAGGGUCAGCUGGAUACUCGGCAGCUCAACGGAGGCGGACGCCACCUCAGUCAGGGGGGCUUAAAGGAACCGCAGGCAGCGCCCGUCUCCUUCCUCGCUGAUGUGAAGAAGACUCUGGGAGCUGCAGCGUGCUCGCUCCUCUGUGAGGCCAUCAGCAGCUACAAGAAGACGGACGACUACGACCACCUGAUGACCACGGUGGUCAGCCUGUUCACAGAGAGAGACGAUGACUUCCAGCUGCUCGUCAGGUUCAACUUGUUUAUUCGUGCACACCAUAAAAAGAAGUACAGAGAGCUGCUGGACGGCCUGAUUGGUCAGCAGACGUCAUCCGGAGGAGAUCCAGAGCCGAGGGAGGAGCAGCCAAGUCCAGCCUCUCCUCGCGCCCCGAAGACCCAGACCAAGAUCCACAGUUUUUUCUCAGAAACCCAGAAGAAAUGAAGGUUUUCGUUAAAGUGCUCAGAAACCAUUGAACUGAACAUCUCGUGUCUGCAGCUCCAGCAGGAUUCCUGUGAGCGGCUGGAGAUCAGGUUUCAGGACCAUCAGCUCCUCUGAGAACCGGAGUGUCAGAACUAUUCAGGUCUUCAUGUUUCAGUAAAAACCAAAUGAUCCUAGAUUUUAUAAUCUCAUAUAGAAGUCUAAACUGGACACAGACGAUGAAGGUGUUUCCAGACCGGUGCGUGAGGAUGUUCUGGUCGUGGAUCUCAAACAGAAUCAAAGAUUUUUAUGCAUUAAGUUAAUGUCAUAUGUGUUUGUUUUUGGAUUAAACUUUUGAAUUUUC